CUGCGCUCAGGGCGAUUAUUUCGACAUGGCUUAGCGUUCAUUGGUCAGCUCUGAAGCGGCGUCAUAAGUCCGUCAUGACUCUGAGGAAGCGGGAACCCCAUCACCCUCGAUUGGACUGAACGGUCUCCACGCUGGCUCGCCCGCUGUUUGAAAAAAUCCGAAGCUUCAAACAUGGCUAAUGAGAAAGAAAUAUGGCAAACGAUUGGAGAGGGCUUCGUCCAAGAAUAUUACAACCAGUUUGACAACAGCAACAGGUCGGGACUGGGUAACCUAUAUUCUGCUAAUGCCUGUUUGACGUGGGAAGGAACAGCUAUUCAAGGGAGAGAAGGCAUUGCUGCCAAAUUAGUAGGCUUGCCUUUCAAGCGUAUUAGGCACAUUAUCACAAAACAAGACUGCCAGCCCACGGUAGAUUCCUGUAUCCUCAUCAUGGUGUUUGGACAGUUACAGGUUGAUGAUGAUCCACCAAUGGCCUUUCAUCAAGUGUUUAUGCUGAAGUCCCAAGACUGCUCAUGGGCUUGCACAAACGACGUGUUCCGGUUGGGGAUACACAACAUACCAGUGUAGUGCUCUGGAUUUGUUGGCUCUCACACACACACACACACACACACACACUGACAUCCAGCUCUGAAUUCAUACUACGGUCGUGCUGUCUUUGCAAACACAAGGAAUUGUAUCCAACAUUCCUCCAUGUCUACAAUUCACCUGCUUUCUGUAUUAAUGAUGUUAAAUUACAUUCCUGUCUAAUAAAAGAAUUGAUCUGGAUUACUCUA